GUCGCCGCGCCUGCCGCGUCGCCUGGCGUCGCCCUGCGCGCCGCCGCGUCUCGUCUCGCCUCUGCGCCUGAGCGCCACUCAGCUUCAGGAAAUUCAAACAAGUUGCCGACCACUCCGCGGGCACACACGCAUCUUCCCGCUCCAAGGUCACCGAGCCGCUGCGGGACGCACGUGGACCUCCAGAUCCCCCCCAAAGGUAACCGUCAAAGAUCAAACCAGUCAGUUCUGAGGUGGGCCAGUGAUGUCGCCCCCAACACAGGUCCCGCCGCCGUGCCCCCGCCGGACGGUGGCUGGGGUUGGGCCGUGGUGUUGGGUUCCUUCAUCUCCAUCGGCUUCUCCUACGCCUUCCCCAAAGCCAUCACCGUCUUCUUCAAGGAAAUCCAGAUCAUCUUCGACGCCUCCUACAGUCAGAUCGCCUGGAUCUCCUCCAUCAUGCUGGCGGUCAUGUACGCCGCAGGUCCCAUCAGCAGUAUUUUGGUCAACACGUACGGCUGCAGGCCCAUCGUCAUGAUGGGGGGCUGCCUUUGUUCUGCCGGCAUGGUCUUAGCUUCGUUCUGCACCAACGUGGUGCAGCUGUACAUCUGCAUCGGAGUCAUUGGAGGACUUGGACUGGCCUUCAACCUGCAGCCAGCUCUGACCAUGAUCGGCAAAUACUUCUUCAAGAAGCGUCCCAUCGCUAACGGACUAGCCAUGGCCGGCAGCCCGGUCUUCCUCAGCACCCUGGCUCCCCUGAACCAGUACCUCUUCAAUCAGUUUGGCUGGAGGGGCAGCUUCCUCAUCCUGGGGGGCCUGCUCCUGAACUGCUGCGUGGCCGGGUCCCUCAUGAGGCCACUGGGACCGCCUCCGGGCCAAGCCAAGAAGGAAGAGGCGCUGGCGGCCAUCACGACCACGACGGAGAAGCGCAGCGCCUGGCAGCUGGUCAACAAGUACCUGGACUUGUCGCUCUUCAAGCAUCGCGGCUUCCUCAUCUACCUGUCGGGGAACUGUAUCAUGUUCCUGGGUUUCUUCGCGCCCAUCGUUUUCCUCGCCGCGUACGCCAAAGACAUGGGUGUGGACGAGUACUCCGCCGCCUUCUUGCUCUCCAUCCUGGCAUUCGUCGACAUGGUUGCCAGGCCCUCCAUGGGGCUCCUGGCGAACUCGCGCUGGGUCCGGCCCAGGAUCCAGUACUUCUUCAGCUUUGCUGUUUUGUACAACGGCGUGUGCCACAUGCUCUGCCCGCUGGCGAACAGCUACACCGGCCUGGUGGUGUACGCCGUGUUCUUCGGCUUCGCCUUUGGCAUGGUGAGCUCGGUGCUGUUCGAGACGCUGAUGGACCUGGUCGGAGCCCCGAGGUUCUCCAGCGCCGUGGGGCUCACGACCAUCGUCGAGUGCUGCCCAGUUCUCAUCGGUCCACCGUUAGCAGGAAAACUGGUCGACAUCACGAAAAAUUACAAGUACAUGUAUUUCUGCUGCGGUGGCGUGGUGAUCCUGGCCAGCAUUUGGCUCUUCAUCGGGAACUUCAUCAACUACAGACUCCUGGAUCGCGAGCGCAAGCAGGCGGAGAUGUACAAACGGACUGAAACGGAGGAUCCCGACCGAGUUCRGGGCGACAAUGAGGCGGACGGCGUGGCCUCGGAGGAGCUGGUCGACAAAAGUCAGAAAGACGAGGAGUCCAUGCAACGGGAGACCAACAUCUGAAACGUUCUUCAUUGUUUUCACGUCUUUGGCUGCAAUCCAAUCUGAGCUCCAAGCCAAGAGGUGCCUCUCACCAUUCUGAACCAACGACUGGGCUCCACUGGACUCCUCCUAAAAUAACUGCCAAAGCAGGAGAUGAAUAAAGGAAGCUGUGAGGUAUAGUAUUGGUCUGAGAUGCAUUAGCUGUGACUACAACUAAAAUAUUAGGAGUUAAACAUAGUCUUUACUGUUUUUUUUUUAAAUUUUUUUUAAUAAAACGUAUUCAGCUUAUAUUGAGACGUGCACUGCAGCUGUUGUGCUGUUUUGAAUGUAUUUCAGAAAGUCAAAGGUUUGGCUACAAAAAACAACUAAUUUCAGACUUUUAAGUGUUCAAUCGAGGAAAGUGGCUGCCCCGAAGCAAAAGAGUUCAACCCUUUUGACUGAAGACAAAGAACAAAGCUUGUCAGAUCAAGCAAAAUUAAAAAAGGGCAGCUGAUUUAGAAUUUGUUUCAAGAAUGUGCAAGUUCAGGCCUCAGAGAGCAAGUCCAAGUCACACAGAAGGAAUUUUUACUGACAUUUUACUGAUUCUUUAUCUUCUGGAUAUUCAACAUUUCUCACAAAACACAAGGUCAAGUUAUUAAGUGGAAWCAAAGACGGAGUUUCUUGGUGUUUAGCUGAUGUUCUUUGACCCCUAAUUCAAACUGGGGCUUCAAAUAUUCCUGUACAAAAUGGAGCACUAUGCUCAUAAUCUGCUCAGUUGUAGUUGUUUCCUUUUAUAGAGUUUAAACAAAAUGUUUACCCAGUAAUCCAGCCAUCGGUCAUUACUGUCACGUCUGUACGUAAACAGACAGGACGUAAAUAUUCCAAGACUUUGAGUUUAGACAUUGCUUUGUUUCAUGGUUGAUAAAAAAAGAUCAAAACUAAAUGUGUAAUACGCCGGGGUACAUCAAACUUAACUUUACAAAGGUGUGACAAUUAAAAUAACUUAAAUCCUUAUUUGUGAAGUAGUUUUUGUAAGUGCAGCUCAUUUCUAGGUGUAGGGAGGAAUCUUUGAUUUCUUUAAACUUCUAAUGAAUGUUGCUUUUUCCAAAACAAAUGUCCAACACCUCUGUAAUCCCAGUUCUACAGAACAACGGUCACUAUAAAUAAACUAARAAAACAUU